AAGCAUCCAAAUCUCUCAUUACCAAAAAAAACAAAAAUCUUUUUGAGCUUGUUUCUGAUAAGAGAAGGGAGAAGAAGGGAAAAUGUGUGUGCCUCUGUCGCUUUGUUUUCACUGAACAACACCACGACGACGAUGACGACGACGACGACGACGAUCUGCUCCCUAAACCGAUCAUCGCCCUUCUGAAUCCGUUUCGGCCUCUCAUCCUCCUCCUGCUUUCUCCGUUUUCUGGAGCCGAUCGAGUAUCCUGAAGGGAUUAUUGGGUGGAAUGUGAUUUGCAUGGGCUGAGGAUGCCAGAGUUGCGAAGCGGAGUGCGCAGAUCAAAACGGCUUGAUGAUCUUCAGCCUUCCUCACAACCACCAAUUGGUCAGGCCGAAAAUUGUGUACUACCUGCCCAGAAUAAACCUCGGAGAAGAGCAGGUGGUGGUAGGGGAAGAGGUGGUAAUGCUGUAGCAAAAGGUCCUUCACCGGCAAUACCCACUAGGCAGACUGCAGCUGGUAGAGGUCGGGGCGUUAGGUUGAUAGAUUUAGACCCUGAACCUUGCGAGGUCCGUCCUGAAGCUGCUGCUUUAGGAGCUGCUGAACCCAUUUACAAUCGUGCGGACGUUGUAGCAGAUAAAGAUAUUGCGAUGGAGGGUGGUGGAAGUGCGGACAAAAUAGUGGGAGGUGAAGAAGAAGCAGGCGGGACUCCUGUUCCUGAUAGGGUACAAGUUGGUAACUCUCCUGUGUACAAGGUAGAAAGGAAGUUGGGUAAGGGUGGUUUUGGGCAAGUUUAUGUUGGCAGAAGGGUUAGUGGUGGCACUGAUAGGACAGGACCUGACGCUAUUGAGGUUGCUUUGAAGUUUGAACACCGAAAUAGUAAAGGUUGCAAUUACGGCCCUCCUUAUGAGUGGCAAGUUUACAAUAAUCUAAAUGGAUGUUAUGGAAUUCCUUGGGUUCAUUACAAGGGUCGCCAGGGAGACUUUUACAUUCUGGUCAUGGACAUUCUUGGACCCAGUCUUUGGGAUGUUUGGAAUUCUCUUGGGCAAUCGAUGUCUCCAAAUAUGGUGGCAUGCAUUGCCGUAGAGGCAAUAUCAAUUCUUGAAAAGCUUCACUUAAAAGGGUUUGUGCAUGGCGAUGUAAAACCAGAGAAUUUUUUACUUGGUCAACCUGCUACACCUGAUGAGAAGAAGCUAUAUCUUAUUGAUCUUGGAUUGGCGUCUAAAUGGAAGGAAGCAUCUGGUCAACAUGUUGAAUAUGAUCAGAGGCCUGACAUAUUCAGAGGAACAAUAAGGUAUGCAAGUGUACAUGCACAUUUAGGUCGGACUGGAAGUCGAAGGGAUGAUCUUGAGUCAUUGGCAUACACAUUAAUAUUUCUCAUAAAAGGAAGGUUACCCUGGCAGGGUUAUCAGGGGGAUAACAAGAGUUUUCUUGUUUGUAAGAAAAAGAUGGCCACCUCUCCAGAGUUGAUGUGCUGCUUCUGCCCUCCCCCAUUCAAACAGUUUCUUGAAGCUAUUACAAUUAUGAAGUUUGAUGAAGAACCAAAUUAUGCAAAGUUGAUAUCCUUCUUUGAAAGCUUGAUCGAGCCAUGCCUGCCACUAAGACCAAUUAGAAUUGAUGGAGCUCUUAAGGUAGGACAAAAACGGGGAAGAAUGUCUAUAAAUUUGGAAGAAGAUGAACAGCCAAAGAAGAAAGUUCGACUGGGUAGUCCUGCUACCCAGUGGAUUUCAGUGUACAAUGCGCGUCGUCCAAUGAAGCAAAGGUAUCACUACAAUGUGGCGGACUCAAGGCUGCAUCAGCAUGUCGAUAAGGGUAAUGAAGAUGGCUUGUAUAUCAGCUGUGUAGCGUCUUCAUCAAGUCUAUGGGCCUUAAUCAUGGAUGCAGGGACAAGUUUCACUGCCCAGGUUUAUGAGCUGUCAACUGUCUUCCUGCAUAAGGAUUGGAUCAUGGAACAGUGGGAAAACAACUUCUAUAUUAGUUCAAUAGCUGGUGCGGCUAAUGGGAGUUCCUUGGUUGUUAUGUCCAAAGGUACUCCAUACACCCAGCAGUCGUACAAGGUAAGCGAAUCUUUUCCCUUCAAGUGGAUAAAUAAGAAGUGGAAAGAAGGUUUCCAUGUAACAUCCAUGACAACCGCUGGCAAUCGCUGGGGUGUUGUUAUGUCCAGGAAUGCUGGAUUUUCGGACCAGGUUGUGGAGCUUGAUUUUGUAUACCCAAGUGAAGGCAUCCACAGGCGAUGGGAAAGUGGCUACAGAAUAACAUCCAUGGCUGCCACCGCUGAUCAAGCAGCCUUCAUUUUGAGCAUACCAAAACGCAAGUUGAUGGAUGAAACCCAAGAAACUCUGCGUACCUCCGCCUUCCCAAGCAGCCAUGUAAAGGAAAAAUGGUCAAAAAAUCUCUAUAUUGCAUCGAUUUGUUACGGACGGACCGUUUGCUAAUUUGUUGAGUGUAUAUGUGGUUUAUACCUGAAAAAUGCAAGUGAAGCUUUUGAGAGCUUUUUACAAGUUGGUCUUUGAGUAGUUGGAUAAUCCUUCCAUUCCCUGCAAGUAGGAGCGAAAUGAUGGAAUUAUAUUUGGAAAACAUGUGGCCGCAACCAACAAGCAUGAUGUUAUGUUUGUAUUGCUUAAUCUGUUUUGUGUUGGAUUCAAACUCGAAAGGUGGUAAAUAGAAACAUAACAAACUUGUUUAGGACUUGCCUGCAAACCAAUUUAUGGAUACAAUCUGGUUGGCAAUUCCUAUGAAUUUUAAGUACCUGAUAGUUUUUAAUUAAUCUUAAGAAAAGAGGUUAAGUAAUCA